GCCGCAGAUGGCUUGCCUUCACAUUGCCUGCAAAGGUAUACAUCAACAAAUGUACUAUUAUAAAUUCCCAAAAACGCAAAAGCGCAAAAGAGCAAAAGAGCAAAAGCGCGAAGUACGACUGUACCUGCCUCACCUGAGUGACCAAAUUUAAAACGCUUGCAAAAAAUUGUAGAAGUAUAAUAGUUUCCCCCCCCCCCCCCCCCUGUGGAGAAGCCACUCUCGUUUAGCUAUAAUUAAUUCUUUUUUUUUUUUUUUAUAAGCCUUUAUUUUUGAGAAGCCUUUUUUUUAUAGCCUUUUUUUUAUAGCCUUUUUUUUAUAGCCAUUUUUUUCCUUUUAACGCCAAUUUUUUUCCCCGCUAAAACGGACUACCUACCAAUCGACGAUGAAGUGUUUAACUUUUCUCUUCUUCCUUUUUUUGGGCCUCCUCUCCUUUCGCGAUGUCACGAGCACGAAGGAUAUCCCCGCCCAGCAGGGUGACACUCCCCUAACCCCUCUGAACAAAUUCGACAAGUACUUUCUACGCAUGUACAACAAAAGCUCUAGAUUACAACAAGGCGGAGGGAACUACAUAAAUGGAAUUAACAUGAAGAAUACGAUUUUCAUUUUGUACUUCUUCGCAAAAUGGUGCCACGCUUGUAAAAUGCAGGGAAGCGAAAUGGACAAACUGGAAAAGUACUACGGCAAGCGCAUAUACAUUUUGAAGGUGGACAUUGACCAGAACGAAGCGAUGGCCAGGAGGUUCGCCGUGAAGUCCCUACCGACAAUCAUCAUCAUGAAAAAUAAGGCAGUGCUGGCGAGGAAGGAGCACUUCGUCACGAGCAACGAUUUGGUGUCUCUCAUAAGAAAGCAUUUGUGAGAAGACCCCCCUGCGUCGUCGCGCGGUUUGCGGAAUUUGCGCGAUUUGUGCGAUUUGCGCGAUUAGCGGAUUUUUCGGGAUAACCACAUUCGACAUGACACCUUUAAUGCAUCCCCUUUUCCAUUUUUUUUAACUUCCCCUUUUGGUGCCCCCGUCACUUCUCAGCCUGCGCCUGGUUAUCUGCCUGCAACUUCAUAACCUUUAACAUGAGUUUACUUUUUUUUUCAUUUUCCUUUUUUUCGCGCUUCGCCUUAGUGAUGAUUUCGUUUUUAUCUUCCUCGCCGAUUUCGC